UCCUAAAUUCUCUCCGACAGUAUCUAAAUUCACCACCCGCCCUGCCCCUUUUCUCUCUAUCGGCCUUCUUUUCCUCCUCCUCCUCCAGAGCCUCUAAGAAAGAGAGAAGCUUCGAUCCUCUUCGCUGUAAAAGGGAGAGAUCUUUCGAUUCUACUUUCGAUGGGGUGAUCUAUAGCAUCUGGGGCCCGAAUCCUUUUCCAAUUGGAGUUGAAUUCUGCUGCUGUUAUUGGUUAGGAUCAUGAUCUGAAGGAUUUCUCAAGGAGGAGUAGGAAGAGGUGGUCCGAUGGAGACCAUUCGGAAGCAGGCCAGCAGGCUCAGAGAGCAAGUAGCCAAGCAGCAGCAGGCAGUUCUUAAGCAAUUUAGCGGGCGUUUUGGCCAUGAUUCUGGUCUGGUCGAUGAAGCUGAACUUCAAUGCCACCAAAAGCUUCAGAUGCUCUACGGUUCUACUCGAGCAGCAAAGCAUCUUCAGCGGGAUAUUGUGCGGGGCAUGGAAGCCUUUAUUGCCAUUAGUUUAAAACAGAUGGAAAUAGUAAAAAAACUAGCAGAAAAUUGUUGCAAAUAUGGAAAUGAGAAUCAAAGUUCCGGAUUUGCUCUUGCGAGGGCUUCUCUUGACUUCGGUACUUCUCACAUUUUGAUGGAAAAAGAAAGGGAGAAUCUUCUCAACACUCUUGGAGAUCAGGUCUUUGAGCCAUUACGGGCAAUGAUAGUGGGAGCUCCUUUGGAGGAUGCUCGCCUCUUGACUUAUCGUUAUGAACGGAUCAGACAGGAUGUGGAAGCUCAGACAGCUGAAGCCAUAAGACGCCAACUGAAGUCCAAGGAAGUUGGUGCUAGGGCAGAUUAUGCAGCAAAACUUCAAAAUGCAGAAUCAAAAUUAUCAGAACUUAAAGCUACUUUAUCAGCAUUAGGGAGAGAAGCAACUGCUGCUAUGAUAGCUGUUGAGACUCAACAACAACAGAUAACUUUUCAACGACUACUUGCAAUGGUUGAUGCUGAGAGAGAUUAUCAUCAGAGUGUUGCCAAUAUUCUAGACAAACUCCAUGCUGAUAUGGUUCGAGCAAAGCAGAAUAAUGAGUCCAUGUUGCAGUCAAAAACAACCAAGACUAAUAUGCAUUCUCAAACUGUAAAUGAAGAUCCAAAGUCAAGUCAAUGUGCUGAUCUCUUACAGUCAACAGAUACUGAGACUAAUAUGCAUUCUCAAACUGUAAAUGAAGAUCCAAAGUCAAGUCAAUCUGCUGAUCUCUUACAGUCAACAGAAACUGAGACUAAUAUGCAUUCUCAAACUGUAAAUGAAGAUCCAAAGUCAAGUCAAUCUGCUGAUCUCUUACAGUCAACAGAAACUGAGACUAAUGUGCAUUCUCAAACUAGUAAUGAAGACCCCAAGUCAAGUCUAUCUGCUGAUAUCCCAGCAAAUGGUCGGACUACUACAUAUUUUGUUGCAGAAAUGGUUCAAGAAAAGCAGCAUAAUGAGUCCAUGUUACAGUCAAAAACAACCAAGACUAAGAUACAUUCUCAAACUGUAAAUGAAGAUCAAAAGUCAAGUCAAUCUGCUGGUCUCUUACAGUCAACAGAAACUGAGAUUAAUGUGCAUUCUCAAACUAGAAAUGAAGAUCCCAAGUCAAGUCGAUCUGCUGACGUCCCAGCAAAUGGUCGGACUACUACAUAUUUUAUUGCAGAAGUUAUUCACCCAUUUGAUGCUCAAGCAAAUGGGGAGCUAAGUCUCUCUGUUGGUGAUUAUGUUGUGGUCCGCCAGGUAGCGCCUAAUGGAUGGUCUGAAGGUGAAUGUAAGGGAAAGGCUGGCUGGUUCCCCUCCGCCUAUAUAGAAUGGCGGGACAAAGCCCCGGCGAGCAAGGUGAUAGAGCCGUCGAUGUUAUCAUGAUCUUUACUAUGCAUAUUGAAAUUAUUGUGCAGGUAUUUUGUGAUUGUCCUCAACUCCUCAUCCCCAGUUUUCUCCAAUCCUGCCUAAUUUUCCGCACGAAAUUACUUCAUCCUUCUUCCUACUUCUAUUUUGUAAUUACUUCAUCCUUCUUCCUACUUCUAUUUUGUAAUUCUUGUCCGUUGUGUAUGUCAGAGUCCGAGUUUUUGUCUUCUUUUCUUGAGUUGUAUAUGGAAUAUGAUUGUGUCCAUAAUAGUUGUAUAAAUUAGGUGAUGCUUGGAGAAUUGAAUGAUUUGAACUUGAUAGUCGUAUUGUCUGUUAUGGUAGCCAACUUUGGCCUUGUGGAGUACGUUAAAAUGUCAAUCUAACUGGUUUGAAUUAGAUUAAUACAUUGGUGUUGUGAUUGGUGGUUGGAUUU